AUGGUCGCCAUCAAGAACACCCUCGCUCUCACUGUCCUCGCCUCUGUGGUCUCUGCUCAGAACCCCAUUGUCGCCUCUCUCAUCAACGACAUUGUUGAGGGUAUUGCUGCCGCUAAGACCGACAACGACAUCUCCGACGAGGCUGCCACCUCCGAAAUCCAGUCUGUUGUUGGUAUCAUCCAGCAGAACACCGAUGUCCAGCAGCUCGUUUCCCAGGUGAUCCCCAUCGCCGCCAUGGGCCUGAACGACGACAACUUCCCCCAGGUUCUGUCCGCCGCACACGCCACUCUUGAGGCCUUCCAGGGCUCUCCCGAGUACCCCGAGGCCGUCAAGGGUCUUAAGGAUGUUCUCCCUCACUACGAUGUCCAGGAGGCUCUCGGUAACGUGCAGAACAACCUUGGUAACGUCCUUGCUCUUAUUACCCCCUCUCUCCCCACCCUGACCCCCAACCACUCCGAGCAGUGGGAGGCCGCCACCAAGAACGUCCAGGCUCUUGCUGCCUCCCUUGGCUUCCUCCCCGGUGGAGAUGACAAGCAGGCUGAGGCCACCUCCGCCGAGGCCUCCAAGACCGAGGCUUCUGCCUCUGCUUCCGCCACUGAGGCUUCAUCCAAGGCUGAGGCCACCUCUGAGGCUCCCAAGUCCGAGGAGGCUUCCAAGACCGAGGAGUCCAAGUCUGAGGAGUCCAAGGCCGAGUCUAAGACUGAGGACGCCUCUUCUGCCGCCGCCACCUCUGCUGAGGCCUCUAAGACCGAGUCCAAGGCUGAGUCCAAGACCGAUGCCUCUGCUUCUGCCUCCGGCUCUGCUUCUGGCUCUGCUUCUGGCUCUGCUUCCGGCUCUGCUUCCGGCUCUGCUGCUGCCUCCUCCAGUGCUGAGUCUUCCAAGCCCACCUCCGCCUCUGUCUCUGCCACUGGUGGCCCUUCUGUCGCUCCCUCCGCUUCUCCCACUGUCACCGCUGAGCAGGGCAACGGUGCUUCUGCCUACAACCUCGCCCUCGGCGGCGUUGUCGGUGCUGCUGCCAUGGUUGUUGCUCUUCUCUAA